UUAAUGACAAUCAAAUAAAACACACCACACUACUUAGAUUUAUUCAUCACUACCCUCCUCUUCAUAUUAGUGGGUCCCUACCCAUUUGUCCCAAUCAAUCUAUGCACCACCAAUCAUUCUCAUAACUCAAUCCACUUCUCAUUUCUUUUUAAAAUUUUUUUCCUUAUAAAAAAAAAAAAAUCAAAAUCAAAAAUUAAAAUUUAACAAAAAAAAAAAAAAAAAAAAUCAGUAAAACCAAUUGUUGGGCCCCACUCCACUUCCUCCUCCACAGUCCUCCGGCUUCGCCGUCUUCUCUCUCUCCUCCCUAUAAAACCUCCAUUAACGGUGUCUCGAUCUUCCUCCACCCCGAUUUCUCUCUCUACUGUCUUUCUCUCUCUUCCCCCAGUUUUCGUCUUUCCUCUUCUAGGGGGAGUCAAUCUCUCCCCCUUAAACCCUUCAAAACCCUAACAAUGGCGGAUCAAACCUCAGAAAAAACCCUAGAUUCUACUCCUUCUCUUCCCGAUCAACCUCAAUUAGCCGAUUCUAUGGCGCCUGAAACCGUCUCCGUUGAAGAAGACUCAGGUUCGUCGUCGUUGUCUCGGAACUCGUCGUUUAGUAAACUGAAUGCUCAAGCGCCGGAGUUUAAGCCAAAGAAGACGAUUCCUUCGCCGCCGAGCUCGGUUAUUGGUGGUGUUGCUGGUGGUGGUGAUCCGAGAGUGAUGAUCGUAUCUCCGUCGCCGUCGCCGUCUCCGCCGCCGGCGUUGGUGCAUGUUUAUCCUCCGCCUCCGCCUCCGCCGCAAGUCAACUCGCCUUUUCCGCUUAUUCCGUUGCCUCACUUGAAUCAUCUGCAUCAGCAGCAGCACCAGCAACACCAGCAUAAUCAGAGUCAUCAUGAUCAUCAGCAUCAUCAUCAUCGGAAUGAUUCGCAUCGGAAUCAUCAUCAUAAUCAACCGAAGCAUCAUCGAAGCGGGGAGCAGCAGAAUGGAGCAGGUCAAGGUGGUCAUAAGUUGGAUAAGGAUCAUGGACAAGGGAGUAAUGGUGCAGCAAAGAAUCAUAAUGGGUUGUCUGAUGAGAAUACUCAGAAACUCAUUAAUCAGGUGGAGUAUUACUUCAGUGAUGUGAACCUGGCUACUACUGAUCAUCUAAUAAGAUUCAUCAACAAGGAUCCUGAAGGAUUUGUGCCAAUAUCAGUGGUUGCAUCUUUUAAGAAGAUUAAGGCUCUCAUAAGCAGUAAUUCUCAGCUUGCAGCUAUACUAAGAAACUCAACAAAGCUUGUAGUUAGUGAAGAUGGGAAGAAAGUGAAGCGCUUGCAUCCUCUAACUGGGUCUGAUAUGGAAGAGCUGCAAGCUCGUAUCAUUGUGGCUGAAAAUUUACCCGAUGAUCAUUGUCACCAGAAGCUCAUGAAGGUUUUUUCAGCUGUGGGAAGUGUGAAGAGUAUUCGUACCUGUCAGCCUCAACCUUCCAACAAUGGUGCUUCCUCUGCGUCUAGGCCAUCAAAAACCGAUAAUAUGCUGUACUGCAACAAGCUGCAUGCAUUUGUGGAAUAUGAAACAGUUGAGCUGGCUGAAAAAGCGAUUGCUGAGCUGAAUGAUGAGGGUAACUGGAGGAAUAACUUAAGAGUUCGCUCAUUGCUUAAACCUGGGUCUAAGAAUGCACAAGCACGAGGAAAGAAAUCUGGCAAUGAAGGUGAAGUGACAUGUGAAGAAGAAGAUGUAUCCACGUCUGAGCAGAACCAAAAUGAAAAGCAAUCAGAAAACCUUUCUGGGCAUUCUGAUGUCCACUCUCAUGAGCAAGCCGAGGAGCCAAUCUCAGAAAAAGAGGGUGGGCAGAAAAAGAGUCGUAAUCGGGGUCGCGGAAAGGGGCGUGGAAGGGGUCUUCAUAAUCAUCACCAAAAUAGUAGGGGGCACCAUGUGGGCUCCCCACCUGUGAACAAUGCAAUGAACGCAGAGCACCCUAUUGUAGCAAAGCAGCAGCCUCCUGGCCCUCGUAUGCCUGAUGGUACCAGAGGGUUUUCUAUGGGCAGAGGGAGGCCAAUUGCUGUCAAUACAACUGCUUAAAAAUAAGCCUCCUGCCCCACAUUUGGUUGCUGAGUUUUUCAGUUUCGUGUGCUUCCGAUGUCAGUGUGUGGCUGUGUGUUGGGUGCUUGUGAGGGGGAGUUUUGCCGCUCUGUUUGUGGGUUAAUGGCAGGGUUUUAGAGCGAACUGUUGGUUUGGCUUUUAAUCCUAUGUUGUGCUUUGAGUGUCAUUUACUUCCAGGAAAAGAUGAUGUCGAAAAUGUAUUGUGCCUAUUUGUUCUUAUGAACCCCGGUAAAAAAAAAAAGAAAGAAAAAUGUAGAAAGUAGACCAAGAACCUCGGAUUAUUAUAUACCUGUAGAGAUGUGAAUGAAGAACUUACAAUGAAAGGCAAGUAAUGUAUUUGUGGCGCC